CUCACAACUCACCGCAACGGAACAACCGAAAGAUGGAAUUUUCCGUAUGUACUUUACUGCUACUGACGACCGCAUCCUUGUUCUGCCAUGUUCUCACCUUCGGAUUGCCAUCAUCCCCUCCAAUGAGACAAGGCUUUUAUAAUAUAAUGACAACCCAUCGACUGCGCCCCUCUGAAAACAGACAGUUCUUACAAAUUCCUUUCACAAGAACAACCGAAUCGACGACUACUGUUGGGCCCAUCAAGCGAGGAGGUCCUCCCUUUGUCCUUAUCCAGCCCAUGACAAUGAGCAAAAGGCCAAGGAAUGGUCGAAGGCUUGUUCUCACUCUUCCAAAGGACAACAUUCAUAUUCUUAAUGCAGAAGCAAUGCCUGAAAAAGGACAACAGUUUCUACCAACAACCCUUACGCUUUCCUUAAAAGAUGCAAAUUCAGAUGAUUCUAGUACAGGAAAUCGAUACAUCACUACAAAGGAUUAUGCAUCUCAGAUACCAAGUCCUCCACGACAGGCUACCAGGCAUCACUACGGUAUUGUUCCUUUCUCCCAGGGAGAUAGUGAUGAAGAUGAUCGUAAACCGGGACGAUGGAACAAAGGGGAAAUAUCCUACGAGAUGGAUGACAUCAUCGGGUCUGCAGGUGGUCAUGUAACAGUCAUUAAAGCUCAUUCUGGAGGACAACCUAAAGUAUUAACGGCUAGGAAAGUUAUGAGUGGAGGAUCGUCGUUUAAACCUAUGAAAGCAAUCCUUAUAGAGCCAAAAGAGAUCGAAGCUAAGAGAGUUCACGUGAUGGAAGCGGAUUCUGAAAAGGUAACUGCAACCAAAGCCCGCGUUAUUGCCUCUUCGGACUCUGUGCUGGAAGGAUACAAAGCCAAGGCUCACCCUGUGUCCUAUAAAAAAGGUGUUGUCUCUAAGGCUAAAGGUGAAGAUUGGGCAGCAUCAAACCUACACUUUGUGAAGACAGAAGCUCCCCAGAAUUCAUCUGCAAGACAGCAAGAUGAAACUGCACCACCAAUGGAGCUGAAAUGUGGUGGUACAAAUGAUCUGGGCUGGUGUGAUUUAGGAAUUAAUUAUCCAAGUGCGGAAGUUUCCCAGAUAAUGGAAGUGUGCGAAGAACUCGUCAAUCACAUGUUUGUCGAGAUUCCAGAAAGUUCCGGACCAAUGGAGGACAUCGCAUCCUAUUCCCUUUCUCGAAACAUAACCAAUCAUUCUUACUGGACUUGGAAAGCCCAUUCCACAAAUUAUAAGAAACCGCUUUGUGAAGUGAAUCGAGAGGUCAUCAGGCCCAGUUUUGCUCAGGACUUGAAAGGGAAAUGGCAUGUUGUUAUCCAAACGGACACAUUCCCACAAAGGAUUGCUUUGGAAGUGUGCAAGAAACCAGGAGAGCCGUGCAGUUCUAGUGAUAUCUGCAGCAAAUCAAAAUCUCAAUGCAUUCAAAAAUACAGCUACCAUCAACUAAUCAGCUUCGAUCCUGAAAGUGCUGAAACAUGCCCUUACGUUCGACUCUACAAAUUUCCAACAACCUGCGUAUGCAGGCUUGCUUAAUAUAUUUCCUGAGUUCGAACUUUAGUCUGUGACAUUAGUGAUUGCUCGUUUCAAAGUGAAAAUAAGAUUGUGGGUUUCAAAGUGAAACACUUCACCAUUUUAAAAAUAUCAAGCCCAUAUGCAUCCAUGAAAGCAUCUAUUUCCAUAAAUUAGGUAUGAUCCUUCAAAAAAGUAUCGCAAAAUUGCUCGUUAUUAAGAAUUAAUUAUCGCUAUUAACAGCAAAACAUUAUGUUAUUCUGAAAAAAAUGGUUUUUAACAGUAUUUAAUUCGAGCUAUUUGACCAUUGUAAAAAUUGACCUAUUUUCUACAUUUUUAUAUAUUGAGACAGCCUCAUAAGCAAUUUUUUUCUUAUAUUUUUACAAUCAAAAUACAUAAAAUUUCAUACUCGAAGAGUUCUUAAAAUUUAAAAUCAUUUAAAGUUUAGUUUAGUUUAGUUAUAUUAACGUCCCGUUGUAAAGCAACACUAGGGCUAUUUUGGGACGGACCUCGUAAUUUUGAACCGCCGUCAGAUGACGAGGACGACACCUGAGCUGGCACCCCCUUCUCCAAGCCACACCACACUAGCGGGAGGACGUUUGGCAUGACGGAUUUAACGUGCAACAGACCCUCUUACGCGACGGUUCUUCUGUGGAAUCGAGUCUCGAAUCUAAAACCCUACGGCUCACAAGCCGAGACCUUACCACCAGGCCACCGCGGCCCUAAAAUCAUUUAAAAGAAGAAAAAAAAAUGAAAGUUGUUUUAGGAUAAUUAAAACAAUAUGAAAACCAUAUCUGAGACAAAUAUGAUUUAUAAAUAUUUAUAGAAGAUAUAUUAUUGAACAAAUUAUUUAUUUGAUUGAUUUUAAUAUUUAUAAAUUGCGAGCAGUAAGAAUUUUUCAGAUACUUUUUUGAAGGACUGUAUCUCUAAUAUCAUCAGCAUUUCUAAAUACUGUUGAUCAGUACUUCUUUCAUUUUUACUGAACAAAGAAGUUGCCUUUGCAGAAUAAGUCAAUUUCUGUUUUCAUGCGUUUCUAUGAACAAAUAUCAGUUUCUGAAUGUUUAAAAGUAUUUCAAUGACAGGAAUACUUGUCAUGUUGCUGAUAAUAUAUAUAUCCGUAUAUAUUUAUUUAAACAUCAUAGCUGGCUAUGUUAAAUUAUAUUUUUGUAGUAAUUGUUUUGUUCA